UGAAAUCAAAACAAAAUAUUUCUUGCAUGGAUUUCACGAUUUGGUAUCAUUGUGGAUUUUAACUAUUUUGAACGUAAAAACCUUUAAAAAUGCCGCUUUUAUGUGGGACGUCUUGUGGGCGAAAUGCGUUUGUCAAGAGACCCAAAACGGGAGAUGUGUUGUGCAAGGAAUGUUUCUUUCUGGCAUUCGAAACGGAAAUCCACAACACUAUUGACAAGAAUAAGCUAUUUCAACGCGGAGAUCGUGUAGCAAUUGCUGCCAGUGGCGGUAAAGAUAGUACGGUUCUAGCACACGUGUUGAAGAUUCUUAACGAUCGUUACGACUACGGGCUCCAUCUGUUGCUCCUGUCGAUCGACGAAGGAAUCACUGGAUACCGGGAUGAUAGUCUGGAGACUGUCAAGAAAAACCGAGACGAUUAUGGUUUAGAUCUUAAAAUUUUAUCCUACGAAGAACUUUAUGGCUGGACGAUGGACAAAAUCGUAGCAAAAAUUGGGCGUACGAAUAACUGCACAUUUUGUGGAGUUUUUCGGCGUCAAGCACUCGACAGGGGAGCACAGAUGAUGAAGGUCGAUUGUGUUGCUACGGGACACAACGCAGAUGACAUUGCCGAAACGGUUCUGAUGAAUAUUCUACGAGGAGAUACUGCACGGCUGCGAAGGUGUUGUGACAUUAAAACCGGCGGAGACGAUGAAGAUUCAAUCCCACGUGUUAAACCACUCAAAUAUGCUUAUGAGAAGGAAAUCGUGAUGUAUGCCCAUUUCAAAAAGUUAGUCUACUUUUCAACGGAAUGUGUAUUUGCUCCAAACGCGUACCGUGGACAUGCCAGAGCGUUCCUUAAAAAUCUAGAGAAAAUUCGUCCUUCGGCCAUCAUGGACAUUAUCCACUCUGGGGAGCAAUUGAAGUUUAAAGACUCGAUUAAAAAGUUGACAAAACGAAUGUGCACCAAAUGCAACUUUAUAUCAUCUCAGGAAGUUUGUAAAGCUUGCGUUUUACUGGAAGGUUUGAAUCGAGGUUUACCUAAGCUGGGUAUUGGUAAAAAAUCGAAAGCAGAAAGAAUGAUCGCGUUGCAGGAUGCUCAAAAGCAGCAAUUAAAUGUUCAAUUGUAUAAAAAUGAUUUUUGAACAAAAUAUAUUGUUAUAGGUAUUCAUAAA